AUGGCCUCCUCGUUCCCCGACUACUAUGAGAUUCUAGAGGUGCAGCAGGGUGCAUCGCAGGAUGAGAUUCGUCAAGCGUACAAGAGGGAAAGUCUCAAAUCACAUCCUGAUAAGCUUGUCAAUGCAUCUCCAGAUCAGGUGAAACGUGCUACAGAGAGGUUCCAGACAGUAGCAGACGCGUAUUACGUCCUAUCCGACGCGGAGCGCCGACGUGAAUACGAUACUCUACGCUCAGCGCGUGGAUUCGCCGAACGUACAACAGACCCGAACGCCUCUGCCAACUUCUUCGCCAACUUCGCCAGUAUGUUCACCGGUGCACAGGGUACGACCUCCGGGAACACUCGGCGUCCGGAUGCUGAGGGCGUUUUCGGGGAUGUAUUCGAAGAGCUUCUGCGUCCAGAAGUUGAGCGCACCCUUCCACUCUGGACAUGGCUGGGCGCCAUAUGCGGCGCAGGCCUGGGGUUUAUCAUCGCCAACCUGCCCGGGCUUCUCGUCGGUGCGGUCGCAGGUAACCGCCUCGGCGCGAUUCGCGACGCCAAAGGCAAGAGCGUCGCUGCUGUCUUCUCUCAACUCGGUGGAAAUCAGAAAGCCGAGAUUUUGCGAGGUCUUGCUGCGAAGAUCUUAGGAACAGCAGCGUCGAACAUCUGA